AAUAUGUAUGUAUACGUUAAAGACAUGAACCGGGGGGUAAGAAAUUAAUAAAGUUAAAGGUUCAGGAACGAACGAAAAGGAAAUCCAAAGAUGGCACAUUCCUCGAUCGUCGUUACUCUGAGCCAGAACUUGUUUAAAAGGAACCUCACCUGUGUAAAAAUUCACGCUCAUUCUCCUUCUUCUUCUUUCGGAUCUCGUUCUCUUUCUCUUCCUUCCUUCUCCUUCUCUCAGAGAACAACACCUCUCUCUCUCACCGCCUCCUUCUCCUCUCACACCGCCAUGGGCGAGACUUCCGCUCCCGCCGCUGAUGCCGGCAUGGACGCCGUCCAGCGCCGUCUCAUGUUCGAAGACGAAUGCAUUUUGGUGGAUGAGAAUGACCGUGUGGUUGGUCAUGAUUCCAAAUACAAUUGUCACUUGAUGGAAAAGAUUGAAGCUGAGAAUUUGCUGCAUAGAGCUUUCAGUGUAUUCCUGUUCAACUCUAAGUAUGAGUUGCUUCUUCAGCAACGAUCUGCAACCAAGGUAACAUUCCCUCUUGUGUGGACAAACACCUGUUGCAGCCAUCCACUGUACCGUGAAUCUGAGCUUAUUGAUGAGAAUGCCCUUGGAGUAAGAAAUGCAGCUCAGAGGAAGCUUUUGGAUGAGCUUGGUAUUGUUGCUGAAGAUGUACCAGUUGAUCAGUUCACCCCAUUGGGUCGCAUUCUUUACAAGGCACCUUCUGAUGGCAAAUGGGGAGAGCAUGAACUGGACUAUCUGCUUUUCAUUGUCCGGGAUGUUAACGUGAACCCCAAUCCUGACGAAGUGGCUGAUAUCAAAUAUGUGAACCGCGAUCAGUUGAAGGAGCUGUUGAGGAAAGCUGAUGCAGGUGAGGAAGGUCUGAAGCUAUCGCCUUGGUUCAGACUUGUUGUGGACAAUUUCUUGUUCAAAUGGUGGGACCAUCUUGAGCGAGGAACUCUUGGGGAGGUCACUGACAUGAAGACCAUUCACAAGUUGACAUAAAACUCAGAGGACCUUCCUGCAUCCAUGUAAUGAAGAAGGGUAGCUGUAUUCCGACCCAAUAAGAACGAAACUGAACCUAUUUUGAGAAGAAUUUUCGGAGCAGUAGCCCCAUAGGAUAUUGUUGAUCUUUUUGUUAUUUGAUGAUAGCUAGAACAAUAAACGUAUGGCUGUUUAAAUUAGAAGAAUUUUUUGUUGAAAAUUUCGGAUUCUGGGAUGCAGGCAAGUUUAUCAGAAUAAGAUGUUAGAGAUUUGAAUCAAUUUUAUCAUGGUGGCGAUGUUUGUUAGUGGA